GAGCAUUCCUGUGAUAGACCUUGAAGGAAUCGACAGAGAUUCAUCCAAAACUGUAUCAGUUAUUUUAAUCCUUGAAUUCAUUUGAAAAUUUGGUGUUGAAUGGAGUCUGGGUGAGAUGCCAAUGACUUAAAGAUUGUGAUGCAAUUUCCAUUUGUUUAAUCUGAAGUCAAUUCCCGAGUGCUAAACUGCGACACGUAACCAUGUAAAGGCCUUCCUCUCUUUUUUCCUCUCCAAUUCCCCUUUUGCUCAUUCAAUCUUUCGAUUUCCCAACCGCCGCUACGCCAUGAAUGUUCAUCAGCUUUCUGCAAAACCACUUUCGAGUCCCGGUAAUCCCUCAUCAAUUUCUUUGUAAUUUCGAAAUCGAUUCAACUUCUCGAUCUCUUUCUUUGUAAUUCUUUUGCCGCAACUUUUGGGGGUUUUGGGUACUCUGAUUUUCUCGAUUGCUAUCUGGUGGAAGGGCGUUCUUGAGUUUCUUCGAUGGUUUUUGCAGUGUUUAGAGAGUUAUGAGAAGAUGGGUGAUCACUGGAUCGGAUUUUGAGAAUUGGAGGUUUCUGCUGAAUUUAGGAAAGAAGAAGAUGAGGGAUUUUCCAGGGAGUCCUGGGACUGUGAUGGGGCUAAUUCUGAGGAUUUUGCAGUUUGUUUUUGCUGCUGCCUCUGUUGCUUCUAUGGCUUCGACUGCUUACUUCUUCAAAUUCACAGCUUUUUGCUACCUGAUAGCUUCAUUGGGGUUGCAAAUCACCUGGAGUUUUGUGCUAGCAUUAAUCGAUGCCUAUGCACUAGUAAAAAACAAAGCACUCCAGAACUCUCUGCUCAUUAGCCUCUUCGUCGUCGGGGAUUGGAUUACAGCAACAUUGACACUCGCAGCAGCCUCUUCUUCUAGUGGGGUAGCAAUACUGUAUUUCAACGACUUGGACAUUUGUGGUUUUAUUGGGGAAUGCCAAAAAUACCAACUCUCUGUCGCCUUGGCAUUCCUCAGCUGGAUAACUGUUGCAACUUCUUCUCUUAUCAUGGUCUGGCUAUUGGCUUCCAGUUAAACCGUUUGUUGUACACUCAA